AGGGCAGUGGAGAUGACCACAAAGCACCGGUGCUGUGUGGUGUACGGGGCACUGCCGCCAGAGACACUUCCCACACACGCAUCCUCCCCUCCCCCCAUGUUCCUUGCACGCGCCUCAUCUCCUCCUCUGUUUGUUCAUGUUCUCCCCCCAUCCAGCGAGCGGUGGAGAUGACCACAAAGCACCGGUGCUGUGUGGUGUACGGGGCACUGCCGCCAGAAACCAGGAGGCAGCAGGCGAGGCUGUUCAACGAGGAGGAGAGUGACUUCCGUGUGUUGGUAGCUUCAGACGCUAUUGGAAUGGGGCUCAACCUCUCCAUUCGGAGGGUUGUCUUCAGCACGCUUCACAAGUUUAAUGGGGAGGAGAAGAUCAUCAUCCCGUCGCCCAUGGUACGCACGGGUGCCCAUAUGGGUGUUUCUCUCCCAUCAGUUUCUCUCCCAUCAGUCUCUCUCCCAUCAGUUUCUCUCCCAUCAGUUUCUCUCCCCUCAGUCUCUCUCCCCUCAGUUCCCCUCCCCUCAGAUUCUCUCCCCUCAGUUUCUCUCCCCUCCGUCUCUCCCUCCAUCUCUUUCCCCACCACUCCCGUGAAGCAGAUCGCCGGGAGGGCGGGCAGGAGGGGAAGCCGGUACGAGGAGGGGGUGGUGACAUGCCUGGACCCCACCGACAUGCCGUUGCUCAUCGCUGCUCUGCAGGAGCCAGUCGAGCCCACCACGGCUGCUGGCCUUUUUCCUCUCUUUGAACAGGUGGAGGUGUUCGCCAGUCAGCUGCCUGACGUGUCCUUUGCAAGGCUGCUUGACAGAUUCGUGGAGACAUCGAAGCUAGACGGCACCUACUUUCUCUGCCGCACUGACAACAUCCGGCGUGUGGCAACCAUGCUGGACAAGAUCAAGGGUCUGACCCUCCGCGAUCGCUUUGCCUUCUGCUCAGCACCAGCCAAUGCCAGAGACCCCACCGUGAUGGCCGCCCUCCUGAGAUUCGCCCACCAGUAUGCCGAGGGCAAGCCCGUGCCGCUUUUAUCGGGUGGACGGGGCGAGGAGGAGAAAUUGGGGGACGAGGAGAGGAGUGGAGGAUGGGAGGGGGGCAAGGGGAGGCCGGGGGGAGAUUCGGCGGGCCAAUGGGUGCGCGGCACGUGGCAGAGAACUGCUGCUUCGGAUCUCAUGGCAUUGGAGACAAAGCACCAGGUGGCAUCGCUCUAUCUCUGGCUGUCCUAUCAGUUUCCCAAAGGCGCCUUCCCGGACGCUUCCCUCGCGACAGACAAGGCUCAGAACGCGGCCAAGCAGCUCUCCACGGCUCUCCUCGAGGCUCGGACGCCGAACCUGAGCAGCAGCUUCGGCAAGCCAGGCUCGGUCAGGGACAGUGCGAGGCUGAAGUGGAGUGCAGAGAGGAGGAAGGUGCACGUCUGCAACUUGUACUCCUGUUUUAAAUGUAGUGCUGCUGAGGACGGGACUCACCACAGCAAACCAAACGAGUAA